UCCUGUCAUCUAGAGCAGACAUUAUUAUGACGAUUUAUAAUUUAUUGAACGUUUUUCUUUGAAAAUACCUUCUUUUAGGAUGAACAAAUAAUAUUACGUGUAAAACAUUUAUGCUUACCGUGGAUUUGAUCGUGUAGUGCGUUUCUUCUGUCCUGCAGGUUUUGAAAGUAUCAUGGCAGGCCGAAGCGACAAAGAUAGACACGUUACUCUGGGAGCCGGAAAAUCUGGCAAAUUUAUAAUUCCUGCUGAUCCGAGAGGUUUUCAAGAUCCCAAGUACUGGAACCAGUUUUUUGCGUCGCGCAAUACGGCUUUCGAAUGGUACGGGAAUUUUCUGGAAUCAGCGGACAUUCUGUGCAAGUACAUAAAGCCGAAAGAUAACAUUUUGGUCAUCGGAUCGGGAAACAGUGAACUGAGCGCUGAUAUGUACCGAGCUGGCUUAAAAAAUAUUACAAACAUCGACAUCAGUCAGGUUGUAAUUGAUCGCAUGACGAAAAAAUAUCGAGAAAGCUGCCCGGAUAUGAAAUUUAUUACGGAUGAUGUCACGAAGAUGGCGACAGUUUCCGAUGAAAGCUAUACGGUUGUGCUGGAUAAAGCCACAUUUGAUGCGUUGAUCGCCGAUGAUUCAGCCGCAAGUGGUGAAAUCGCUAGAAAAAUCUGCAGCGAAGUCGAUCGGGUUUUGAAAUGGGGUGGUCGCUAUGUCUGCAUUAGCUUGGCGCAGAAACAUGUUCUCGCUCCCCUAGUUGUUAAUAUGGCCGAAAAGAACUAUGCUAUCCGUGCCCAUGUGCUGAAUGUGGAUACAUCGGAAUCUGAGCGUCCAAACGAUAUCGUAUUUUGCUUCGUGUUCACGAAAAUGAAACCGGGUGGCGCAUUAAUAUGUGACAUGCAGUUAAAUCCUCGGGAAAAAAUUACUCGCGUUGAAGAUCUCCACCAGUUUAUAAAGCGCAUUCGCGAGCAUCAGUACAUCCAGACGUUGGCCAAAUUUCUAAAACUGGGGAGAUAUGAUGCAGUGGAAGGCGAGCAUCUGAAAAUAUUUAAUGAAAAAUCCAUCCACUGCUACAAUCUGUAUCCUUUCAAGCCGCAAGUUAAAAAGGCUCAAUUCACUGCAGCUUGCUUUAUUAUACCGCCAGGGAGAUCCAAAACGUUUCUUUACGGAACUCACGAAGGAAGGAAAGAAGUGGCUGAACAGAAUAUAAGUGCUCAGCUGGUUUUGUUUGUGGAAGUUAUUGAGCCACCGAAUGGACGGUUUAGUUUUGAUGCCGUUAAAGAACAGCUGACUCCACAUUUGCGGGAUUUGAUGCCAUUGAAGUUAUUCGAAAAAAUGGUGUUCCUCACGGAUGGUGCAUUUCCAGAAUCAGAAAAAAUUGUGCCUGGGGAUGAAAUUGUUUACGAAGGCAGUUCGCCUACAACUGGCGAAUACCGCAUUUUGGAACGUCGGCUUCCAGGAGAAAAUGAUUUUGAGCGACGACUGGUAUUUCUUGAUACUCCGCAUGUUAUUCAGACAGAAGUGCGGUUAAAAAAGGUACCUCCAAAUAAUGCAAACAAAACAGGAGUAGAAUUCAACCGGGAUUACCUACCGAGUGACUAUCAGCGGUGUAUUAUUGCAUCGCUAAUCAACCACAAGAAACUUCGUGAUGGACAGAAAAUCAAAAUUCUGUUAAUCGGAUUGGGUGGGGGAUCUUUAACCUCAUUUAUGCAUCAGAAUUUCCCGACGGCUGUGAUUGAAGCAGUAGAGAUUGACCCUGCAAUGGUCCAGAUUGCAAUAGAGUUUUUCGGGUUGAUCAUUGAUGAACGAUGUGGAGCCCAUGUGGGGGAUGGUAUUCCAUAUUUGAAGGAAGCAGCACAACGGGAUGAUCGUUACGACGCGAUCAUUAUUGACGCAGACACGAAAGAUUCUCGAUUGCCGCUACGCUGUCCACCUGCCGCCUUUCUCAAUCAAGAGAUGUUGCGAACAAUGCGUGGUCUUGUUAAUCCUGACGGAAUGGUUAUCAUAAAUAUAUUGACGAGAAAGGCCGAAAUAGCAGACGCAGUGAAGAAUGGGAUCUUGAACGUCUUCGGGAAUGUUGUGUAUACGUUGGGACUGGAUGAUGAGCUGAAUAGCACAGCCGUAGCUUUACACCCAAGCUAUUUUGUACCGGGGCCUGACGACAAAUUAGACGGUGAAUACAAGAUGCGUUCUAAAGAUGCAUUGGAAUAUUGGAAAGAGGGCCUAAGAGAAUUUAAUCGAAGGAUGGACGAGAAAGAUGGCGAGAUACUGCUGGAUGGGUCACUGUGGUGGAAGCGGUUGGAAAUAAUAUUCACUAUUCCAUUCCUUAUGGGGAAAGAGGAAUAUGCUGUGCCGGAAAGCGAUUCCAGUUCCUUCAAGUUUAAACAGGACUGAGAACACUUUGCUAUGCGAUUUUUCUCUUCGCCGUUAAUUUGGGUGAAUUACACAUUGCUUGUAUUUUCUUUCAGCAGUUAAUACUUGUACUGUGGAAGUUGUUAGUUGUUGCGGUUGAUCAGUUCUUUUUAUUUUUGUAUGUUAAAGUAUCGCCGCGCUCGGGUCGGCCCGGUCGUAUGAAGGAUUUACUAAAAAAAUAAAGGUUCAUUCGUGCAUUAAAGCUUUGAGAU